CGGAGACAGUGAAAACAGAGGAUCUCUCCACCCACAUCACGGGCCUGCUGAGAAAAUUGACCCGUGACUUGCCACAAGAUCUGCUCCUGCUGCAUAGAAUCCACAGAACAGCCAAACCAAAUUUUUUACCACCAAACACACCAAGAGACAUUUUGCUAAGGAUGCACUAUCAC